GCUGGUGGGGGCGGCUUCCGGUUUUGUUCCGUGUAGCUCAGAAUGUAGCAGCCACAUGCUAGACUUUAGUUUGGAAAAGUGGUGGUGUAAUUUGAUAUUUCUGCUGCUAAUAGAAAUGCAUAUACUUCUGUAUGGUUAGGAACAUGUAGACUGAACUGUUAUCCUGUGCUUUAAUGUGUCAAAAACGUCCUUUCUUUAUUAAAUCGUAGUUAGUAAAUGGCACGGUGAGGUCGCAGGAGCUACGGAACAACAACAAGCGGCCCUGGACAAGUCAUCUCCUUUCCUCUACUACAAAAUAAGAAAAAAGUAUGCCAUCAAGAAACCACCUGGACAAAAUUGGCCAAAAGAAAAAGAAAAAAUGGACGGAGAAGGCCAUGGAGAAGGCUUUGAUAGAGGUAAAGUCGGGAAGGUGCACAGUGAGACAAGCUGCCAAGGAGUUUGGAGUCCCGAAGUCUUCACUCGGAGACCGAGUGAGUGGGAGAGUAACACCGGGGAGCCGCAGCGGACCAGCUCAGCUCAUAACAUCUGCGGAUGAGCAGUUGCUGGUUGAAUUCUCCUUAUACAUGUCCAAGCAUGGAUUCCCACUCACAAAGCAGCAGGUAGUUUCCUUCGCAUCCUCAAUUUAUAAGCGGCAGCACAGACGGGUGGCAUUUUCCAAACUGGGUCAGACUUGGUGGCUUAAUUUUCGGAAACGACAAGAAAAGAAUAUUAGCAUUCAGCCAGCUGACAGCAUUGUCCGUGGGAGGACAGUGUGUGUCAGGAAGGAGGCGGUGGAUCAGUUUUUUUGCCUGUUGAGUAGUGUCAUAGAAGCUCACAGGCUCAGAGACAAGCCCUACCAAAUUUACAACUGCCAUGAGCUGGGCUUUCAGCUGGGUAGGAAGAGGGUUAAUCUGCCCAAAUCCACCAGUCUGGGCUGCAAGCCAGUGGCAGGUUCAAGAGACCACGUGUCUGUCCUUGUUUGCUUUAGUGCAGCGGGAGAAGACAUUCCUCCAUUCAUCGUCUACUCCAAGGCCUACCCAGGAGGGGUGUGUUACAAAACGGAAGGCCCACUGAACGCCCUCUACGGGUGGUCCGACUCAGGAUGCAUUAAUUCAGACCUAUUUAAGAAAUGGUUUCUUAAACAUUUCCUCGUUUGGGCUCCCAAGGAGCGGCCACUGGUGUUGAUUUUCGACGGUCACAAGUCGCCUGUGAACCUGGAGGUUGUGGAAUCCGCUCGCAAGGAGGACAUCGUUCUUCUUUGUCUCCCGCCUUACUGCUCCCACAUCCUGCAGCCGCUCGACGCCGGUUUGUUUGCGGAGCUAAAGCAACGCUUUGCGUCACUCACCGAUGACACAAGUGCUCCCAACACGCACUUUGCGGUGAGCAAGAAAGAGUUUUCGAGCGUCUUUAAAAAAACAUACCAGCUGUCGAAAGAAGAAGAAGGCAUCAGAACUGUGAAGGAAGGCUUUAGUAAGUGUGGCAUCUACCCACUGAACCGUUUUGCAAUCAACGGGAGCAACUUGAUGCCAUCGCACAGCAUCAGCUCCAUCACUGAAGCCAAGCCGUCUGUGUGAACUCACUGCAGCUCGACCUCCAGCUUUGAUUGGUACUGAUCCAUCACUUUGUCAAAAUGAGUGAAUCAGGAGGAUUUGACCAAUGCUGAGUCAUCUGUGACCAAUUCUGUCGUUUAAUGAUGCACCUUUCUUUCAGCCUCUUUACAAGGACUUUUCUGAGCAAAUAAGGAUUUGUUCCAGUUUUAUGUUCCGCUGAACUUGAUGAUUCCAGCGCAGUCUAAACUGUUUUGCAUGGGACACAUUAAACACUUUCAACAGAUGA